AUGUUUUCUUCCAAAGCAGCCUUGGUCGUCCUUUCAUGCCUUGCAUUCAGUGCAACAAAUGCAAGUCCAUUAAACAAACGUGUUGAAGGUCCUGCUCCAUGCUCACAAGCGGGUAAUGGUAAAUUUGGAACAUUCAGCGUUUCACCUUCAAAGAACGUUGUUAAAGGUCAACCAAUUCAAAUUAAAUAUCAACAAAAUUGCGCAGUAGAAGGAGAUGUUUAUCCUUCAAGUUUAUUUGUUGCAAUUAAUGGAGAAGGUAAUGAUCCAUUACAAUUUGUUGCUUCUUUGGCUAUUCCUCCACAAGAAUAUGGUCAACCGAUCGUUUUGGAUACCGUUGUUCCUGAUGGUCCUUUACAAUUUGGAAAUGGAAGCGAUUUAACAAUUUCAGGUACCAUUCAAUACAAACGUAAAGAGGUUCCUGAUGUUACCUACCUUUUCGAACAUCAACAACCUUUCUCGAUCAAUGAAGCCGCAUCUCCUUAUCAAGGUGAAAGCUGA